AUGGCUGAACUGGCUACUGCUGCUUUGGAAACAGCAGCAGAGAGAGUUACAGAGACAGUGUGUGAAUUCGGUUCUCGGCGGAUUAACUAUGUGUUUAAGUACCGGAGCUACAUGAAGAAGCUGAAGGAGCAAGUUAAGGAGCUUGAAAUUAGAAGAGAAGAUGUGAAAGAAGAUGUAGAAAUGGCUGAAAGACAAGGUGAACAGAUUUAUAAUGAAGUUACCGAGUGGCUGAAGAGUGUGGAAGAGUUCAUGGAAUGGGUAGCAAAGCUCGUUGAUGAUGAAGAUAAAGCAAAGAAGCGCUGUUUCAAAGGGUUAUGUCCUGAUUUGAUUAAACGUUACAGGCUCAGCAAAGAAGCAGAGGAGGUCGCGGAGGCAGGUGCCAAGGUCUUGGAAAAAGGAAAAUUCAGUAGAAUUUCGCACCCACCCCUUCUACGGAGGACGGAAUCCAUAUUCAUUGGUAAGGAGUACGAAAACUUUGACUCAAGAGAGUCAAAUUUCCAGGAAAUUAUGGAUGCAUUGAAAGAUUCUACUGUUAAUAUGAUUGGAGUGCACGGGAUGGGUGGUGUGGGAAAAACCACACUGGUCAAAAAAGUUGCUUGGAAGGCCAAGGAAGAUAAGUUAUUUGAUGAGGUGGUGAUUGCUGAGGUAACGCAAACUCCGGAUCUUAAAAAAAUUCAAGCCGACAUUGCUGGUCAAUUGGGCAUGGUAUUUAGGGACCAGGAGAGUCCGUUUGGAAGAGCUGAUCAAUUACAUCACAGGUUGAAGAAGUCCAAGAGAAUCCUUGUAAUAGUAGAUAAUAUCUGGAAGAAGCUUGACCUGAAGGAUGUUGGAAUUCCUUUAAGCUAUGAUAAUAAAGGUAGCAUGACGGAACACAGGAAAGAAAGCAAUGAUGAGCAAGAGCGGUGCGCAAUAUUGUUAACAACUAGAACGUUAGCUGUCUUAAAUCAAAUGAAAACUCAAAAGAAUAUAUCGGUUGAGCCUUUAGCCACUAAUGAUGCAAGGAGUUUGUUUGGGAAAAUUGUUGGUGAUUUAUCAGAAAAACACAGUAUAGCAGCGGAAAUAGUAGAAAAAUGUGCAGGGUUGCCACUUGCGAUUACAGCAAUUGCAAAUGCUUUGAAAGGAAAAAGUGAUUAUGUCUGGAAGGAUACCCUACAUCAGUUAAAAAGUUAUAAUCAUAGAUGCGUUCCAGAAAUGGAUAACACUUUAUACUCAACUAUUGAAUUGAGUUACAAAUUGUUGAACAGUGAAGAAGCCAAAUCACUACUUCUACUUUGUGCUCUAUAUAAUGAUACACAUGUCUCUCACUUCCUUUCAAGAUGUAUGGGGUUGGGUUUGUUUGAAAAUGUUUACUCAAUUAAUGAUGGAAGCAAUAGAAUGAAUUCGCUGAUUGAUUAUCUCCGAGACUCAUGUUUGUUGUUGAAAGGUAUCGAUAAGGAGAUAGUCAAAAUGCAUGAUGUCAUUCAUACUGUUGUUGCAUCAAUUGCCAAAGAGAAAUGUAUGUUUGAUAUUAGGGAUGUCAAGGGCAUUAAAAAGGUGUCGAUGGGGGGAAUGUACAAAGACUCGAUUGCAAUUUCUCUGUCUUAUACAAACAUUCAUGAGCUUCCCGAAUGGGUAGAGUUUCCAAAACUACAGUUAUUUAGUUAUUAUACUGUAAAAGAUUUUUGUUUACAAAUCUCAGACCACUUUUUCGAAGGAAUGAAGGAACUCAAAGUACUAGAAUUGAAAGGAGUUCAUUUAUUACCUCCACCACCGUCAUUUGUUUCCCUAACAAACCUUAAAGGAUUGUGUUUCUGGAAGUGCUCUUUGGGGGAUAUUACAAUUAUGGGAGAGCUAAGGAAAUUAGAGACUCUUGAAUUUCUAAGUUGUGAUUUUGAACAGUUGCCUGAAAGAUUUAAACAUCUGACGGGACUUAAGUUAUUACAAUUGAGCAAUUGUCCAAAGCUUAAAGUAAUCCCACCAAAUGUCAUAGCCAGCUUGUCUCAAUUGGAAGAUCUAUAUAUAAAUAAUAGCUUUGAUCGAUGGGAAGUUGAAGGACAAAAUAACGCUAGUCUUGCAGAGUUGAAGGCAUUGCCUCAAUUGAACACUUUAUGGAUACAUAUCCCAAAUGUGCAAAUGAUACAACAAGACUUUAUUCCGGUGAACUUAGAAAAGUAUGAAGUACAUAUUGGAGAUGUAUGGGACUGGUCUUAUGCAUAUGAAACCUCGAGAACAUUGAAGCUGAAGUUCAAUGGAAGGCCUCAUAUGAGGCAUGGGAUCGAAAUUUUGAUGGAGAAAGCAAAAUACCUCUACCUAGAUCAGGUGGAUGGUGUUAAGGAUAUGCCUUGGGAACUUGAAAGAGAAGGUUUCCCCGAAUUAAAGCAUCUCUCGGUACAAAAUAGUUCUGAAAUUUUGUAUAUUGUCAACUCAAUGGAGUACACUCAUCCUAAUGAUGCCUUUCCAAUCUUAGAGUCAAUGUUUCUUAUUAAUCUAAGUGAUAUGGAGAAGAUAUGUUGCGGCCUGGAUAAUGCAAAGUCUUUCAGCCAAUUAAGAAUAAUAAAAGUAGCUGAUUGUGACAAGUUGAGGUAUCUCUUCUCAUCCUCCAUGGCCAAAAACAUGUCGCUGCUUGAAGAAAUCGAUGUAACUAAUUGCAAGAUGCUAAAGGAGAUUUUUGGUGAAGAAAGUGAAGAACAUGCUGAUGAAAACAAAAAAGUUAUUAAGAUUGAGUUUAAACAAUUGCACUCCGUAGUACUACAAGGCCUACUGCGGUUCAUAAGUUUUGGCUUGGAGGUUGUGUUACCAAGAUUGGAGAACUUGAAACUGUCCUCAAUUAAGAUUGAGAACAUAUGGGAUAAUCUACUCCAGCCAGUGUCUUCCUAUAUUCAGUGCUUAAAAAGCUUAACAGUGGAAGAGUGUAACAGUUUGAAGUUUCUGUUUUCAUCUUUUAUGGUCAAAAGUUUUGUGCAACUCCAAAAGCUUGUGAUAUGCAACUGUAAGUCGAUGGAAGCAGUAAUUUUUGAGUCAGAAGGAUUGGAAGGAACAGAGAAGAUACUUCAAAUGAAAUUUCCUAAACUAUUGUACUUGAAGCUACAAGGGCUUCCAAAACUCACAAGAUUUGGUAUUGGAAAUCCAGUGAAAUUCCCUUCCUUGAAUGAACUUCACAUUGAAAGUUGCUCUAGUUUAAAGACAUUUUCCCCCAAUUCUUCUAGUGUAGGGAUGAGCUUGGAGAACAUUCUUACUACUAAUAUAGGGCCCCUGUUUGAUGACAAGGCUGAUUUGCCAAGCUUGGAGAAGCUGAUACUCUUACGCUUGGAUAACUUGCAACUGAUCUGGCACAAUCAACUCCAUGGAGACUCCUUUUGCAAAUUAAAAGAAGUGAGAGUUGAAUUCUGUGAAAAUUUGAUGACUAUUGUUCCAUCUAAUAGUACUCAAGGACUUCUUACCUUUCAGAAUUUAGAAACAUUAACUGUUGACAACUGUUGGAAUAUAAAAAGUCUGUUUCCAGUUUCCAUAGCUACUAGUCUUUUGCAACUCAAACAGCUCACGCUACGCUCUUGCGGUUUGGAGGAAAUUGUUGGCAAGCAGGAAGUAGAUGGGACUCCAAGAUUUUUGUUUCCUCAAUUAACGUGGCUUAAACUUUCCGGGUUACCAGAGCUCAAAUAUUUCUACAUGGGAUCCUAUACAGCAGAGUGGCCAAUGCUUAAGGAAUUACUUGUGUACGGUUGUAAGAAGAUAAAAGUAUAUGCUUUAAAGGGAGAGAGCCAACCUGCCCUAUUUUGGUUUGAAAAGGUAUGA